AUGAUGCGAGACUUGUUCGCCCCUGCAGGCUUCUUGCCGCUUCUGCUGUCGUCUCCGGCCGCGGCCACGCUGCUCUAUGUGUCGUCAUACAGCGGCGCCAUCACCACGCUCAACCUUACCCUGUCUGGCAAUAACGCCACGCAGUCUACCCUGCGGUCUAUCUCGUCGUCCAACGGCUGCGCUCCCAGCCCGUCUUGGCUGCAACUCGACCAAGUCAACUCUCGGCUUUACUGUACGGACGAGGGCCUGACCACCAACGUCGGCACCAUCUCGUCCUUCACCACUGGCCCCGACGGUGUGCUCCAGCAGCUGGCCAAGACCGAGACCAUCAGCGGCCCCGUCAGUGCCGUUAUCUACGGCGACAAAGGCCGGGGUCUGGCCGUCGCUCAGUAG